CCGGGCGGGGCGGACGCCGCCGCGGCGAAGGGCGGUGGAGACGAGAGGAGCGGACGGAGCAGCCCCGGUCCGGCGGGAGCUGCCGCCGUCGGCCGCCAUGGAGGACGGAGUCUAUGUGCCCCCCGACCUGACGGCAGAGGAGCGGCUGGAGCUGGAGAGCAUCCGGCGGCGCAAGCAGGAGCUGCUGGGGGAGAUCCAGCGGCUGCGGGAGGAGCUGAGCGAGGCCAUGAGUGAGGUCGAGGGGCUGGAGGCCAACGAGGGCAGCAAAACCCUCCAGAGGAACCGAAAGAUGGGGAUGGGCCGCAAGAAAUUCAACAUGGACCCCAAAAAGGGGAUCCAGUUCCUGGUGGAGAACGAGCUGCUGCGGCACACGGCCGAGGACAUCGCCCGCUUCCUCUACAAGGGCGAGGGGCUCAACAAGACGGCCAUCGGCGACUACCUGGGCGAGAGGGAGGAGUUCAAUAUCGGGGUGCUGCACGCCUUCGUGGACCUCCACGAGUUCACGGACCUCAACCUGGUGCAGGCGCUGAGACAAUUCCUGUGGAGCUUCCGGCUGCCGGGGGAGGCGCAGAAGAUCGACCGGAUGAUGGAGGCCUUCGCCCAGCGCUACUGCCUCUGCAACCCCGGCGUCUUCCAGUGCACGGACACCUGCUACGUCCUCUCCUUCGCCGUCAUCAUGCUCAACACCAGCCUGCACAACCCCAACGUGCGGGACAAGCCCUCGGCCGAGCGUUUCGUCGCCAUGAACCGCGGCAUCAACGACGGCGGCGACCUGCCCGAGGAGCUGCUGCGGAACCUGUAUGAGAGCAUCCGCAGCGAGCCCUUCAAGAUCCCCGAGGACGACGGCAACGACCUGACGCACACCUUCUUCAACCCCGACCGCGAGGGGUGGCUGCUCAAGCUGGGCGGGCGGGUGAAGACGUGGAAGCGGCGCUGGUUCAUCCUCACCGACAACUGUCUCUACUACUUCGAGUACACCACGGACAAGGAGCCGCGGGGCAUCAUCCCCCUGGAGAACCUGAGCAUCCGUGAGGUGGAGGACCCCCGCAAGCCGCAUUGCUUCGAGCUCUACAUCCCCAACAACAAGGGGCAGCUGAUCAAAGCCUGCAAGACGGAGGCGGACGGGCGCGUGGUGGAGGGGAACCACGUCGUGUAUCGCAUUUCCGCCCCCACCCGCGACCAGAAGGACGAAUGGAUCAAAUCCAUCCAGGCCGCGGUGAGCGUCGAUCCCUUCUACGAGAUGCUGGCCGCCCGCAAGAAGCGCAUUUCGGUGAAGAAGAAGCAGGAACAGCCCUGAGGGGGGGGGCCGGGACCCCCCAGGACUGUGAGGGAUCCCCUGGGACCCCCCCCCCUGGACCACAAGGGACCCUUCUGGAGCACACGGGACCCCCCCAGGACCAUGAGGGUCCCCCCCCCGGGACACCCCUGGACCACAAGGGACCCUCCUGGGAUCACACAGGACCCCCCUGGGACCCCCCCCCAGGGCCACGAGGGACCCCCACAAGGACUACGAGGAGCCCCCCCGGGCCCCCCCCCAGCCCAGGGACUCUCCUG